AUGCUGGAUUCUACAGGAGGUUCAUUAAAGAUUUCUCAGAUAGCAAGGCCGCUAACACGCCUAUUAUGCAAGGAUAUUAACUUUGAGUUCACAGAGGAGUGUCACAAGGCUUUCACUAAGAUCAAAGAUGCAUUGGUCAGUGCGCCAGUGGUUCAACCUCCAAACUGGGAACUACCUUUUGAGAUAAUGUGUGAUGCAAGUGAUUAUGCAGUAGGAGCAGUGCUUGGGCAAAGAAAGGACAAGAAGCUACAUGUGAUCUAUUAUGCCAGCAGAACACUUGAUGAGGCACAAUGCAACCAUCACAGGCCAGGAACAAAGAUCUCAUCAUCAAACACACCAUGGUUUCGCCACAUAGCAAACUUCCUUGCAGCUGAAUACCCACCACCAAACUUCUUUGGCUACAGAAAGAAGAAGUUCCGUGAUGUAAGAAGGUACUACUGGGAUGAACCUUACUUAUACAAGAAAUGUUCAGAUGGAAUGUUUAGAAGAUGCAUACCUGAGGAAGAGGUAGAAGGAAUAUUGUUUGCUUGUCAUAGUUCUAGCUAUGCAGGCCACUUUGCCACUUACAAGACAGUAUCCAAGGUCCUACAAGCUGGAUUUUGGUGGCCAACUAUGUUUAAGGAUGCUCAUGCAUUCAUAUCAAGAUGUGAUGCUUGCCAAAGAAUGGGAAAUAUAAGCAAGAGGAAUGAGAUGCCACAGAACUUUAUACUAGAAGUUGAAGUUUUUGAUGUUUGGGGCAUUGACUUUAUGGGACCUUUCCCAACCUCUUUUGGUGACCAAUACAUUCUAGUGGCAGUUGAUUAUGUCUCAAAUGGGUGGAAGCCAUCGCCAGCCCUACUAAUGAUGCACAAGUGGUCAUCAAGAUGUUUAAAUCCAUCAUUUUCCAAGAAGCAUGGAGUUACUCACAAAGUUGCCUCUCCUUACCACCCCCAAACUAGUGGACAAGUUGAGAUCUCAAACAGAGAACUCAAGAGCAUACUUCAGAAGACAACAGGCAAGACAAGAAAGGAUUGGAGUGCCAAACUAGAUGAUGCUCUAUGGGCAUACCGCACUGCCUUCAAAACACCACUUGGUACCACCCCCUUUCAUCUUGUUUAUGGUAAAGCAUGUCAUUUACCUGUGGAGCUGGAGUACAAAGCAGCUUGGGCUAUUAAGGAGUUGAACUUCAACCUAAAGACAGCAGGAGAAAGAAGAUUGAUUCAGCUAAAUGAGCUUGAUGAGAUUAGGCAUCUAGCUUAUGAGAAUUCAAAGAUCUAUAAGGAGAGAACCAAAGCUUUCCAUGACCGCAAGAUCAUCCCAAAGAACUUCGCGCCAAACGACCAAGUUCUACUAUUCAACUCAAGGUUGAAACUCUUUCCAGGAAAGCUUCGCUCAAGAUGGUCAGGACCAUUCAGGAUUAAAGAAGUUCGCCCCUAUGGAGCAGUGGUACUAUGGGACCCAAUGGGAGGAGACUUUACAGUCAAUGGACAAAGGUUAAAACCCUACCUAGCUUCCACCACCAUACCACAGGAGACCACACUAGCUCUUGGCGAUCCACCAGAUCCUUAA